UAUUUUGUGUUCUUUUGCAUUCAGAAAGCAGGUAUGGAGCAGCUGCUUUGUGCUGGGCACAAUUCUUAGGGCUGGGAACACAGUGGUGAUGUCAUUCCUCUCUUGCCUGUGUUAACAACAAGCUAGAUCCUUGUCUUUGGGCAACUCCCUUGCUGGACUUAAUGAGUCUUCUAAGAGUAGGAUGGGUCUCUGGAUGCCCAGUAGGGAAGAAUGGAGUCAGGAAAGCCAGCUUCAAGGUCCUACAAGACCCUAAAUGGGCCUGUGCUGAGCAGGCCAUAGGUCUGGACAGUAUGGCCUAGCCCUGAGCCUUCGUGCUUAAUGACUAUGGGCCCUAGCUUCCAUGCCGUAUCCUGUCUCAACAACCUUCUAAUUCCUAGGCCUGGGGCCAUACUUCUUACUUUCCAGAGACUGUCUGGGAGCUCCUUGAGGCUCCUACCUAGACACGACACCAUGCGUCUCUUCGGCCCCUCGCUCCUGCUUCUCGAAUACUUGGCUUUCUCUGACUCAGCUUCAUGGAAGGUUGACCACCCUGGCACUCUCUACAGCUGGGAAGGGGCUUGUGUCUGGAUUCCCUGCCUCUACAAAACUCCAUAUCGGUCAAAGCCCCUGGAAAGCUUCACUGUGUACCACAAUUUUAAGUAUGACAACAUCACCAAGAACUUUACGGGGACCAUCCUCUACACCAACAAGGAGGCUCUUCCUUACCCAGAGAAAAGCAGGGUAGAAUUCCUGGGGAACUACAAAAACAACUGCAGCCUGCACAUCAAGACAGUGCACGUCAAUGACAGUGGUCAGCUGGGGCUGAGGAUGACAGCAGGAACUGAUAAAUGGAUGGAGCCAAUAAACCUCAAUGUCUCUGAAAAGCCUCCUCCACCUCACAUUCAGCUCCCUCUAGAAAUCCAAGAGUCCCAAGAAGUCACUCUGACCUGCUCACUGAAUUUCACCUGUCCUGGGUACCAGAUCCAAUUGCAGUGGUCAUUGGAGGAGUCAGCUGUCACCUUGAUCUCCAUGGACCCCAAGACUGUCUCCACAGAGAGCAAGCUCACGUUCCACCCGAACUGGACUCACCACGGGCAGAACCUGACAUGCCAGCUCAAGGAUAACUCAGGGGAGAUGCUCUCACAGGAAAUGGUGCAGCUGAAUGUGAACCACUCUCCAAAGUUGAAGAUCGAGAUCAGUUCCGGAAAAGCCACUGUCAUGGAAGGAGAGUCUGUGAUUUUUACGUGCCUUGUCAUCAGCAGCAACCCAGAGCAUGGAGAUAUAUCCUGGUUCAAGGACAGCACCAAACUGAUCAUGCAAAAGACGAACGUGUUAACUCUGUCCACAGUGACCAAGAGAGACAGUGGGAAGUACCAUUGUCAGAGCUUCAAUUCUGUGGGCGCAGGAAAGUCGGAAGACGUGGUCCUCCAUGUGCAGUUUACGCCAGAACCUUCCAGUGUUCAGAUCGUCCCCUCACCAGCUAAUGAGGGAGAGAUGGUGGAGCUGACUUGUACAUCGCUAGCCUACCCUCCUCCUACAAAUUACACCUGGUAUCACAAUGGGCAAGAAGUUCAGGGAAGGAGAGAAAAGAAUUUCCAGAUCCCAAAACUUCUCCUCUGUCAUGCUGGGAAUUAUUCCUGUUUGGCAGAAAACAGUCUUGGUCCUGGAGAGAUUGGCCAGGAAGCUGAGUUGGACAUACAAUAUGCCCCCAAGGGGGUGACCAUGGUGAUUCAGAAUCCGACACCAAUUCGAGAAGGAGACGAUGUGACCCUGGUCUGUAACUACAAUUCCAGUAACCCUAGGGUUACUGAGUAUAAAUGGAAACCUGAAGCCUCCAAGAAUAAGUCAUUCCCCGAGGUGAUGAUGAUUAGAAAAGUCACCUGGGAUGUCAAGCCAAUCACCUGCGAGGCCUGUAACCUCUGGUGUUCGAAGGCUCCCUUUGUCACACUGGAUGUCCACUAUGCCCCCAAAGACGUCAGGGUCAUGAAGAUCAGCCCCAGGACUGAGAUCCACUCAGGGCACCCAGUCCUCCUUCGAUGUGACUUCUCAAGAAGCCACCCUAUGGAUGUCCGCUUCUUCUGGAAGAAAAAUGGAAGCUUUCUGGAGGAAGGACAAGAGCUGAGUUUUGACUCCAUCUCCCCAGAAGAUGCUGGACAUUACAGCUGCUUGGUCAACAACUCCAUAGGACAGACCACAUCUGAGGCCUGGAUGCUCCAAGUACUGUAUAAACCUAGGGGGCUGCGGGUGUCCAUCGCCCCACAAGACAGAGUGAUGGAGGGGAAGAAGGCAACCUUGACGUGUGAGAGCGAUGCCAACCCGCCUGUCUCCUGGUAUACCUGGUUUGACUGGAACAACCAAAACCUCCACCAUGCGGCUCAGACGCUGAGAUUGGAGCCUGUGAAUGUCAAGCACUCUGGCGCCUAUUGGUGCCAGGGUAACAACCAGCUGGGCAUGGGCCAGUCACCCCCCAGCACCCUCACUGUCUACUAUAGCCCAGAGACCAUAGGCAAGAGAGCAGCUCUGGGAAUCGGGGUGUGCCUGUCCAUCUUCAUCCUGGCAAUCUGGGGGGUCAAGGUUUACAGAAGUUGGAAGAAGAUUCGAGAGCAGCAGGAGCUUCAGGAAAAUUCCAGUGGGCAGAGCUUCUUUGUGAAGAAUAAGAAGAUUAGAAGAGCCGGCCUCUCCGAAGGGCCCCACUCCCUAGGAUGCUAUAACCCAGCGAUGGAAGAUGGCAUUAGCUAUGCUGCCUUGCGCUUUCCUUUUGGGGAGACGGACACACCAGGCGCUGAUGAUGUGGGGACUUCAGCCAGUGUCUCAAACAUGGAGGACAUGGUCACUUACUCUGUGGUGCAGAAGCGGCGAGUGGGCGACUAUGAGAAUGUGGCUCCAGCUUUUGCAGAAGACGAGGAGGGGAUACAUUAUUCAGAACUUGUUCAUUUGGGGUCUGGGGAACGGCCUCCAGCCCAGGAAGGAGUGGAAUACGUGACUCUCAAGCCAUGAUAGGCAGAACCAGCUCUGGUGGAGGUGCCCAGGGGCUGCAGGGGAAGGGAGGUCCAGAAGCUUUCUCGAGCCCCUGCUGCUCAGUCGCUAAGUUACGUAGUCCCCCUCCCCUCAACACACACACACACACACACACUUACUGCUACUUAGUCAGUGUGGAGAACCUUGUGCAUGGCCCUGAGCCAGUCUUCCUUUUCUGUGCUGGUAACACUGACUCUCCAAAGGGCCUGUCUUCUGGUCCUUUUCCACUCUCCUUCCCUACCCUUUGCUAUAAGACUCCCCAGCCAUCUGUACCAUCUGCCCCCUAAACCCCAUUCCCAGUACUAUUUUUUUCUUCUUCCUCCUUCUCACCUCUUUACCCUCACCCCUGCUCUGACUUCCCCACUCAUGAAUCUCAUGCCCUAUUUCUGCCUCUGAGAUAUAAAGUCCAGGGGAAGAGGGAUGGAAAUUAGGUAGAAAGAGGAAUGGUUUCCUGCUGGUUUCUCCUCUAGAAACAUGUCUACAUGUCAGCAAGGCAUUUCAUGGAGAGGAUAACGCUGCCGCGGCCCCUACCCUCAGGGGUCUGGUGGCCUAAGACAGACAUGGUGUUGUGGAGAAACAUGUAAGGAGCACAGAGCUGUACAAUAAAAAUGGCUCAGAUACCAUUUCAAAGAACCUGUGAAUUAUUUCCAGCCUGUGGAGGUCACGGUGUUUGGGGACAGAGAGAUGGGAAAGGCAUCGUGGUGGACUUGGGGAUAAGGGAAAGGAGUCAGAGUAAUUUUAUGAUCCAAUAAGCUGAUCGAAGAGUCCAUUGUCUCAUUGCAAAAAGUACACCGGCUUUGUGUGAAGACACGCCUGAAUUUGAAUGUUGACUCUUCUACCUAACUAGCGAAGUGAUCUUGGGCAAAUUUCACCAACUUAUCUGAGCCUCAGUUUAUUCAUCUGCAAAAGGGAGAUGCUAUCACCUACCUUGCAGUUGGUUCAAGACAGGAGGUGAGGUGUACACUUUAUAUGCUGGAGUCACAUGAUAAGAAGCCCAGCACAGCAGCCAAAAGUCUCUAAUAAAACCAAUUCCCAUCUUCAUCUCUUGAGGAAUGUAAAAGGGGAAGCCAAUUCAUUACUUGCAACUAUUCUCAAAGUCACUCCUACCAAGGCCUUUCACAACUCACAGCUGCUUAAGAACUGCUCGAAGACCAACUGUCUGGAGGAACUUCACAGCUUUUCUGUCUUUCACCAUCAUCCCAUCAGUUCUCUGUUAUGUUCACCGAUUUACACUUUGCAGAUAAGCCCUUCCAUGUUUUAUCUCUCUCCAUUCAUUCUCCUGCUUCUGCCAAUGGGCCAAGACCCAUUCUCCUUGGAGGGCAGAAAAUAUAUGGUUAAUAAAUCCCCAAGAUGGUGAACGUAAAAUUUCCGGCACAUCAUUGUUGCUGCAGGAGUACCCCCUUUCUUUCCUGCUUCUGCUAGAUACCAGAAUGAACUCUAGGAGAAGAAAUUCUGGUCGUUCUUACAAUUACAACAGAGUGAGGUACUGAUUUCCCCAUCAAUCUACUUUGUCCCCAGUUGGAUUUCUUGUGGGUACCAUUAAUUUUUUCUAUGAUCUAGAAAUAUUUCUGGAGGAAGGGGAGACUUCAAUAAUUGUGUAAAUGAGAGGAGAGGGUGUACGCCAAUGUUCACUGCAGCAUUAUUCACAACGGCCAGAAGGUGGAAACAACCCAAGUGCCCAUCAACAGAUGAAUGGGUGAACAAAAUGGAAUGUUAUCCUUCCGUGAAAAGGAAUGAGGUACUAACAUGUGUUAUGACAUGGAUGAACCUUGAAAAUGUUAUGUUGAGUGAAAUGAGCAAGACACAAAAUGACAAAAAUUGUAUGAUUUCAUUUAUAUGAAAUAUCUAGAGUAGGCAAAUGCAUAGAGA